AUGUUGAAUUUUGAAACUGCCAAUAAGGCUGAUAAAACGAAUAAAAAAUCAGUUUCAAGGAAAAGGAAUACAGUAAUUCAAUUAAGAACUUAAGAGCUUGUAGAACCAAGCUAAUCUUAAAAUGAUUUAAUGUUCUAGCCCAAGUAAUAAUAAUUUGAUAAUGAGGAAUUAAAUUCAUUGCUGGAAAGCAAAGAAUCAAUUGAAAACGAGAUUAUAUCUCUUCUCACUCAUAUUUUUAAACAUCAUGUCGAAAAGUAACAUUUGGAAAUGUAGAAUGAUAGACAGAUUUAUUUGAUAAAGGUCUUGAUAAAUUAUUUCACAUUAAACUAAAAGAAGAAUAUUUACCUUGCAUACUUCUAAAUUAUUGAGAUGACUAAAUCGUUUGGGGACAGUUUCUUUUCAACAAAUAUUGCAAUUAUAAAUCAUAUGUUUCUCCAUCAGGGUUUGAGAACAUAUGAAAAAAGAGAGGACAUUGGAAAAGAGUUGGACUAUUAUGAGAUAGUAAAUCUCAAUAAGCUAUUUACCUAGUUUAAGAUAUCAGUGGAAUAAGUAACUGAAAAAAUAAAGUAGUUUUGGAGUAAUAUUGCUUAUGAAAAACUAGAGUUCUCAUGA